AUGAGGACAAGCCGUUCUUUAGAUUAUCGCAAACUCAAUCGUGGUCCAACCACCGUGCAUUACUCUCCGGAGACUAAUUAUCCGGCAAAAAGAGCGGCGAAGCCUGAAACGGUUUCCACUGGCAGUAGAAAAAGUGUAAGACCGAAAUGGUAUGUGAUCAUGUUCGGAAUGGUUAAGUUUCCACCGGAGAUCGAACUGAAGGAUAUCAAGAGCCGUCAGAUUCGACGGAAUAUUCCACCUAUCAAGAAAAAAUCUCGAUCCCCUUCACCGUCGCCUUCUUGGAGGUUUCUCAACGCUUUGAGUUGCAAGGAGCCCACAAGCGUUGCUGCAACGGCACCCCUUUGGGUUCCCCAUGCGUAA